CGUCACCUCCGGUUCCCCUCCUUACACAAGCGGGGGCUGCUCUGCGACUGAAAUUGCGAGGCCUCCCCCCCCCCCUUCGAAAACGUGUCGGAUGUUCCCAGGCAAGGGGGCAAAAGCAGCCGCUGGAGAAGCGGAAGAUUUUGGAAAGGGGAAGAGGGGCGUCGGUAGACAACUCCCACCUCCCCAUUAUAUUGCAGGAAACGAAAUCGGAGCAGGGAGCAGGGGAGGCGGAUGGCCAGGAGAGAACAAAGAGGUAAAGAUGCGGCGUGUUAGGGAAGAGGUAAUUGGCGGUUGCGGGGGGGGGGGGAUGAUGAGAGACGCUCUCUCCAAAAACGCUCCUUUCCUAGAACCCAUCGAGGGGGCCCGGAUCCAUGCAAUCCGGCUGCAAAGUGGGGACUCAACAGCUGCAGGGUUUGCAUUGCACCGUGUUACUGGUCCGGGACGGCCAAGAGACGCUCAACUGCUCCCCACCCGUUUGGGCGCCCUUGCGGGAAUUGAAAUGCAAUGCCUAUCAAGAGGGGAGGAGGCGGGUGACCGCAGCGCCCCCACCCCCAAGCAGGGCUGGCUGAUAUACAGGGCUUCAUUCGGGUUUCGCCCUUGCAGAAAUCCCUCGGGACUUGCGGCCUGUCCGGGGUGCCCCGGGUGGGUCCCUUUUGGUGGUAGAGACGGAGUGAGGGAGUCCGCGGAAGGGUUGAGGGAACCGAAAGAAUUCUGGAUGGAGACCCGUCCUGUCCCACCUCUUUCCCCGCCUCCCUGCUGGUCUUGCGAGGCCCCUCUGGAUGGGGAGAUUGGGGCGCUAGGAAAAGAUUCGGCGCGCAGGGCUAGGGGUGAAAGGGGGCAAAAGCGCAGGAGAGAGGAGUAGGGUCUCCUUCAAGUCGAGCGAGGGGGGGUCUUCAGGAGAGGAUUCCGGUCCCCCCACUUCCCUUGCAGCACGCUAAAUUCUCUCUGCCCCCACCUUAAAAUAACUACGCAAAAUCUACAGAGACUCCCAGGUUUGUGUUGUCUUUGCUUCUUCACAAGAUGAACUUUUUUGAAGAUUUUUACAGUAACAUAAUAGCAUCAAUAACACUUAUGCUUUACUUAUUUGACAAACGAGAGACUCUGGUAUGAUGAGUCUGAGCUCAUCUCCUUGCCCAAAAGCAAAAAAAGAAAAACACUGAGCAGGAAAAAUUGAGGGGGAUGUCCUUUCAGUAUGCAAUGAGACCCUACAGUAUGUGUAGCUCAUUUAAACAAAAUCACUGAUCCAAUGAACAGCAGCAGUGAACAAUGUGAUAGUGAACUGACGUCUCUUGUCUUCACUGCCCUCUCACACUUGUUGUGAAGAAUCAUCUUUCAUUAUGAAUGGUCUGUGUCACCAUUAAGAAAAAGAAGUCAGAAUAGGCCAAUAUCUAUGUGUACUGUCCCUGGAUCAAAGGACAUUUCUUCUUUAAGUUCUCAGAAGUUCUUAAACCUAGCACAAGGUUGUCCUUUGAACUAGCCAGAUGUUUAACUGAGAAUCAAUCACAAUCUGUCCAUCAUUUGAAAAAUAAGACUUUAGAGCCAUCCUACCCCAAAUGGCAACUGUUGUUGUUGUUUAGUCGUUUAGUUGUGUCCGACUCUUCAUGACCCCCUUGCAGGGCAGCAGCUGAAGAAGGUGCAAAAAGGGUUUUAUUGUGUGUGUGUUUCUUUGUGGCUGAUUAGCUGCUCUCCCUGUGCAAAGGUCAGAGGGGGCAGGGUUUCUGUUGAGGCAGGUGAUUAGCUGUGGGAGGAGCUUAUCAGAGCUUGCAGGGCAGCGACGCACGCCUAAUGGCGCGCGCAGUUUGAUCCAUCUUUUAGAUUUAGGGGAGCUAGUCUCAAACGUUUGUUGGGGGAGACCUAGGUUUUUUUGGGGGGGGAGUUAUUUGUCCUGUCUUCACGCUUUUUAUGAUGGAGGACCGCUGUAGCCACCCCCAACGACACGUUCUCAAGAUGGAGGGGGAGGGAACAGCUGCAGUCGCCUGCGGUUCCUGCGCAAUGUUUGCCAUCUUGCCAAAGGUUGCAGGCAGAUUUACCUGCAGCAAUUGAAUGUUGAUUGCCCUCUUAGAAGACAAAGUCCAGCAACUGGAGGAACGUGUAGCUACGCUCCAAAGAAUUAGAGAGCUGGAGCUCUUCUUGGAAGCAACAGAGCACACCGUCUCCACCAAGGAGAAGACAGGGGACUCCCCUGAGAAGGAGGCUAGUUCACCAACACAGGAGCCAGAUAUAUGGAGAAAUGUGACUCAAAGAAGUAGGAGGCCCAGGGUUCGCUCUGAUUGUUUAGAAAUACACAAUCGCUUUGAGGUCCUCUCCCCUAGCAUGGAAGAUGAAGAGCAGACUCCAUUUGAGGAUCUCUCCCUCAUUACAGUCGAUCAGGUAUAUGAAGACGAGCAGCAAAGUCCUCAGGGAAUGUGCAGGCGACCUUGGAAGGGACAGCUCAUGGAAGAACCCCGACCAAACCUAAGAAGAGGCGUGUAGUGGUGAUAGGGGAUUCCCUACUGAGGGGAACAGAAGCAGUGAUCUGUGGGCCUGACAAGAUGUCUCGGGAAGUGUGCUGUCUCCCCGGGGCUAAGAUCCAAGAUGUAACUGAAUGACUGCAAGGAAUCAUAAAACCCACUGACAAAUACCCCCUACUCUUGGUUCAUGUGGGAACCAAUGACACUGCAAGCAAUAGCCUCCAGAAGAUCAAAAGAGACUACGAGGCUCUGGGCAGGAAAUUGAAGCAAUUAAAUGCACAAAUUGUCAUCUCAUCUGUCCUCCCAGUUGAACGACGUGGCCCAGGGAGAGAGGGAAAAAUAGUGGACGUGAACAGCUGGCUUCGCAAAUGGUGUAAACAGGAACGGUUUGGAUUCUUAGAUCACGGACUGCAGUUCCUUGAAGAUGGACUUCUGGCAAGCGAUGGGCUGCACCUCACAACGGUUGGGAGAAAUGUUUUUGCCAAAAAUCCCAGAAACCUCAUCAGGAGGGCUUUAAACUGACUAAUGUGGGGGAGGGAGACAGUGCUCCUGAAGGUAGGAGUCUAUCAAUUGAUGAAGAUGAUCAUCCAAAUGUCAUAGACCAAAUGGAGCAAACAGCACACAGACCUAGUGGUGGGAGGAAAAAAUCCUUAAAUAAGAGUCACGGGGAAAUGAUUAAUGGACUUCAAUGUCUGUACACUAAUGCGCAAAGCAUGGGAAAUAAACAAGAUGAGCUUGAGCUCUUGGUACAGCAAACUAAAUAUGACAUAAUAGGCAUCACUGAAACCUGGUGGGAUAAGUCCCACGAUUGGAAUGUAAUAAUGGAGGGAUACAGUCUAUUUCAGAGAAACAGACCAGACAAGAAAGGAGGAGGAGUGGCGUUAUAUGUCAGGGAUGUGUAUACCUGUGAAGAGAUCCAAGAUUUAGAACCUCAAAGCCAAAGUGAGAGCAUUUGGGUCAAAAUUAAGGGAGAGAAGAAUAACAGUGACCUCAUUGUGGGAGUUUACUAUAGAUCCCCAAGCCAAACGGAGGACAUAGAUGAUGCCUUCCUGGAACAGAUGGCCAAGCAUGCAAAAGGAAGGGAGAUAGUAGUAAUGGGGGACUUCAAUUACCCGGAUAUUUGUUGGUUGUCAAACUCAGCCAAGAGCAUAAGGUCAAACAGAUUCCUCACUGGCCUUGCAGACAACUUUAUUGUCCAGAAAGUGGGAGAAGAAACAAGAGGAACAGCCAUUUUAGAUCUGGUCCUAACCAAUGUUGAUGACCUGGUUAGUGGGGUAGAAGUGGAAGGAUCAUUAGGCGUGAGUGAUCAUGCUCUUCUGAAGUUUACUAUACAGCGGAAAGGAGCAGCCAAGCAUACUAGGACUCAAUUUCUUGAUUUUAAGAAAGCCGACUUCAUAAAACUUAGGGAAGUGCUGGGUGAGAUCCCAUGGACAGUAAUACUAAAAGGAAAGGGAGUUCAUGAUGGCUGGGAGUUUGUUAAGAGGGAGAUAGUAAAAGCACAACUUCAGGCAAUACCAAUGAGACGGAAACAUGGAAGGUGCCUAAAGAAGCCAGGGUGGCUAUCUAAAGAACUUUUAACUGAGUUAAGAUUAAAAAAGAAUGUGUACAAAAGAUGGAAAAGGGGGGAACAACCAAAGAGGAAUUCAAACAAAUAGCCAGCACGUGUAGACACAAAGUCAGAAAAGCUAAAGCACAGAAUGAACUCAGGCUUGCUAGAGAGGUUAAAAGCAACAAAAAAGGCCUUUAUGGGUAUGUUUGUAACAAAAGGAAGAACAAAGAAACAGUGGGGUCACUCAGAGGAGAAGAUGGUGAAAUGCAAACAGAGGACACAGAAAGGGCUGAACUCCUCAAUGCCUUCUUUGCCUCAGUCUUCUCCGAUAAAGAAAACAAUGCCCGACCUGAAGAAUUUGGAGGAAAUGAUUCAGCAUAGGAAACACAGCCCAGAAUAACUAAGGAGAUAGUACAAGAAUACUUGGCUAGUUUAGAUGUAUUCAAGUCUCCAGGGCCAGAUGAACUGCAUCCAAGAGUAUUAAAAGAACUGGCAGAUGUGAUCUCAGAACCACUGGCAGUCAUCUUUGAGAAUUCCUGGAGAACAGGCGAAGUCCCGGCAGACUGGAGGAGGGCAAAUGUUGUCCCUAUUUUCAAAAAGGGGAAAAGAGAGGACCCAAAUAAUUACCGCCCAGUCAGUCUGACAUCAAUACCAGGGAAGAUUCUGGAGCAGAUCAUUAAGCAAACAGUCUGUGAGCACCUAGAAAGGAAUGCUGUGAUCACCAAUAGUCAGCAUGGAUUUCUGAAAAAUAAGUCAUGUCAAACUAACCUGAUCUCGUUUUUGACAGAAUUACAAGCCUGGUAGAUGAAGGGAAUGCAGUGGAUGUAGCCUACCUUGAUUUCAGCAAGGCAUUUGACAAGGUGCCCCAUGAUAUUCUUGUAAAGAAGCUGGUAAAAUGCGGUCUUGACUAUGCUACCACUCAGUGGAUUUGUAACUGGCUGACUGACCGAACCCAAAGGGUGCUCAUCAAUGGUUCCUCUUCAUCCUGCAGAAGAGUGACUAGUGGGGUGCCACAGGGUUCUGUCUUGGGCCCGGUCUUAUUCAACAUCUUUAUCAACGACUUGGAUGAUGGACUCAAGGGCAUCCUGAUCAAAUUUGCAGAUGACACCAAACUGGGAGGGGUGGCUAACACCCCAGAGGACAGGAUCACACUUCAAAACGACCUUGACAGAUUAGAGAACUGGGCCAAAAGAAACAAGAUGAAUUUUAACAGGGAGAAAUGUAAAGUAUUGCACUUGGGCAAAAAAAUGAGAGGCACAAAUACAAGAUGGGUGACACCUGGCUUGAGAGCAGUACAUGUGCAAAGGAUCUAGGAGUCUUGGUUGACCACAAACUUGACAUGAGCCAACAGUGUGACGCGGCAGCUAAAAAGCCAAUGCAAUUCUGGGCUGCAUCAAUAGGAGUAUAGCAUCUAGAUCAAGGGAAGUAAUAGUGUCACUGUAUUCUGCUCUGGUCAGACCUCACCUGGAGUACUGUGUCCAGUUCUGGGCACCACAGUUCAAGAAGGACACUGACAAACUGGAACGUGUCCAGAGGAGGGCAACCAAAAUGGUCAAAGGCCUGGAAACGAUGCCUUAUGAGGAACGGCUAAGAGAGCUGGGCAUGUUUAGCCUGGAGAAGAGGAGGUUAAGGGGUGACAUGAUAGCCAUGUUCACAUAUAUAUAAAAGGAUGUCACAUAGAGGAGGGAGAAAGGUUGUUUUCUGCUGCUCCAGAGAAGCGGACACGGAGCAAUGGAUCCAUACUACAAGAAAGAAGAUUCCACCUAAACAUUAGGAAGAACUUCCUGACAGUAAGAGCUGUUUGACAGUGGAAUUUGCUGCCAAGGAGUGUGGUGGAGUCUCCUUCUUUGGAGGUCUUUAAGCAGAGGCUUGACAACCAUAUGUCAGGAGUGCUCUGAUGGUGUUUCCUGCUUGGCAGGGGGUUGGACUUGAUGGCCCUUGUGGUCUCUUCCAACUCUAUGAUUCUAUGAUUCUACCAGAGCACGCCAGGCACUCCUGUCUUCCACUGCCUCCCGCAGUUUGGUCAAACUCAUGCUGGUAGCUUCGAGAACACUGUCCAACCAUCUCGUCCUCUGUCGUCCCCUUCUCCUUGUGCCCUCCAUCUUUCCCAACAUCAGGGUCUUUUCCAGGGAGUCUUCUCUUCUCAUGACUCCUAGACAUUCAAUUUUGGGCGGCUGUAACCUUGAUUUAACAAGACAUUUGGCACCUAGCUUAUAUAUAUGAGUUUCUAACACUGAUCCUGUUACCUCCACACACUGCUGCCUCUGUCCCCCUUAGUAGGAAGUCACGUACCACCAUCACAUCCCUCUUCCUCUUCUGGGGAGUGGUAGGAAUUGCUCCAUACCCUGCCCCUUCCACAGCCACCUUGGUGUGUUCUGAGGUCUGCAUCUUGCUCCUCUGUCCCAGAAUUGAUUUUGCAGCUCGAGUGACACAUCAGGGUUCCUAACAGCCCCGUUUCUCUGUACCGCAUUCCUCCAGGUUUUCGUUUCCUGCAACCAGCGAUCUUCCUCCUGGCUGUGGCCAACCCCACCUGUGUUGCUGUCCCAGGACCAUCCACUCUGCUCUCUUUCAAGAAAUCCCUCAUCUUGCUCAGGAGCUCGUAGGGCAGAUAGGCGGACCUCAGCUUGCUGUUCCUUCUCUUCCUGCAUCUGCUGCAGGUGUAAUUCUGCGCAUUCUCAGGCAGGAGGACAAACAUGGCACAGGUGUGGCAGGUCACUGCAGCAGCUCCCUCGCCAUCCAUGUCUCUUGCUCCUACACACAGCAUGAGACAGGACUCCUGGCCUCCCCCUCACACUCAAACUUAGAAGGGUGGUUUCUAAAUCUAAUAAAUAAAAAUUGGGGUGAGUGUUUCAAUCUGGGAUUCCAGCAGCCAGGCUCCAACAGCCUUUUCCUGCAUCUCCAGCUCUCCCUCUGCACUGCAAGGCUGACAGAUGGAGGUCCAGCUCCAAGGACAUUAGCCUACCUGAGCACACCUUCAGUUUCUUCCAAGCGCCAAGCCUUCUCACUAGUUCCAGGCUACAGUCCCUAGAAAAACCUGAACCCUGGGUCUCCCAAUAUGGUUGCUGCCACGGCUAAAAUGGCUGCUGUUUCUUUAAUGCGAAUAAAGCUGGGUCAGCAUGACUCAGCGGCCUGCACCAAGUUGUAUAUAUAGAGUGAGAAAUGUUAGUUUGGUUGCUGGUGUUUGGGUUGGUUGGUUAGUGCUGGUGUGUAUAGUUGUUCAGUCGCUUUUUAACAAAGACUUUUAAGAAUAAAACUCUGCAAGGGACUCUUUUGUGUCGACAAGGGUCCAAGGACCAGGCUGAGGAGACAAAGGGAGGUCAGAACCCUUUCCUCCUUUUUUGCUUUUUACAAACACUGAUAGGUUAUGGGCCCAGUGUUUCUGAGCAUGUGCAGAGUGCAAAAAUGACUGACAGCAUCUCAGCAGGGAGCUGGCGAGUCCUGGUGGUGUAUGGAGCCAGUGGCUGUGCAUUGGAGCAGUUGGUGGCAAGCUGUAACUGUCUGCAGUGACGCUGGAGCGGCUAGGAUCUGAGGCUAAGGAAAGCACUCUACUUCGGCUACUGGAAGUUUGAACUGCUAGAGGACCACAGUAGCGGCUACACCAGUUGCAGAGCCAGGCGGGACCUGAAGGUCAACAGAGGCAGCAGCUAGAAGCCGGUGAGUGCCAGCCAGGACUGUCCAGUUGGACUCUAAAGAGAGAGUCAGGAGAGAUUGCUGGAGGCCCCACAGAAGGGGCUCAGCAAGCACCAGCAGAGAUGGCAGAUUUCCAGUCUUCCCAAGUUGUAAAUAUUGGGGGAGGCAUCCCUUUUGAACUUCUUUCAGAAAACAACUGGCUGAGUUGGUCAAUUAAAAUGCAGCAGUUGUUAAGGAGAGAUGGACUAUGGGACUGUGUUGAAACUGAGGUUUUGAGAACUGACUCUGCUGAGAAAAAAUGGCUGGAUGAAAGGGCUCGUGCUAUGUUUGAGCAACUCUCAGUUAUUGCAUGUAGCAAAUGCCAGCACAGCAUUUGAGUAAAGGGAAGUUCUCUUUCUGCAGUUCUCUUACUGCACAUAACUGUGGCAUUGUGGGAAGUCUUACUAUGGGAACUAUUGCUUCUUUUAUCUUGCAUUCUGGGAAGUCUCGCUUCUGCUUCUGCACACACUGUACAAACCUGUUCCAAACACACCAAGACAUUCUCUCAUUCUUCAGUUCAUUUCAAGUUCAUGAACAAACAAUAUGAUCUGUUCUUAAUGCAUAGCUGACCACAUCUACGGAACUCGAUUAUUAUACUCUUUCAUGUUAUAAUCAAUCAUUAGUAAUUGUUUUAGUCAUGUUAUAUUAAUCUUUAGUUAUAAUUUAAUUAGGAGGUUUUAUGCCUGUCUAGUUCCAGCUCCGUUUCCCAGCCUUUAAUCUAUCAGUGAUAAAUGGUUAUAUGUAAUUCCCGCCUUGUACCUAUGUUAACCAAUCAGCAACAAGUUGCUUUGUGUUUGUAUCAACCAAUCAGCCACAAGCACACCUGUGGCAAUGUUUGUAAUAUUCAAUAAAAGAGAGUUCCCGGGGCUUGCCCCGGCAGACGCCUCUCAUAUGACACCUGCCACUCGUCUGUCGUGGAUUCAUUCCAACAUUUGAGUGCUGUAAUUUAUUAAGGGCAAGUCAGAGAAACUGCUGGAACUAUAAUUUCUCUGACCAGAAGGCUGUUCAGGACUGUUAUGAGGGAAGGUGAGAGUUUGGCAACUCAUCUUCAAACGCUGAAAUCUCUGUUUCUUCAACUACAACAGAGAGGUAAGCGUUAUGAUGAGACUGACCAAACCUACAUUAUCCUUUCAAGUUUGCCUGAAAGCUGGUUGCCCGUGAUUAACAGCAUGGAGAGUAUGCGUCCCUGAGAUCUGACCCUUGAGUAUAUGUGGUUGGCAGAUUGACUGAAGAAGCAGAAAGAAGGUCAGAUAAACAAGCUGAACUCCAAGAGCGGAGUAGUUAUAGCCAAGGGGGCCAGCAGCAGAAUCUGUCCAUGGAGCAACACCAAGGUUUGGACUUGGCCAUGGCGGUGAGGAGGUGCUAUAGAUGCAACCAACCCGGGCAUCUCCAACGUCAAUGCAGGGCUAGACUUCCAGGAGACAACGUGGAACAGAGACAGCAAUCGACGCAGAAACGUAAGCAGAAGGGGUUCUCUUCAAUGAAGAACACGCGUUCUGCUCAGUUUGUGUCUGCAUUUUCUCAGGAGGAGAGGAAGAUACAUCGAGGAACAUGGUUGCUGGACUCCGGGAGCAGCAGGAUUAUCUGCAACAGUCAGGAGGACUUUAAGACCCUGGGGAAGCCAGCUGAUGGGAAAGACUAUCUUGCUGAUGGUCGUAGAAGCAAGAUUGAUGGCCAGGGAACAUGUUUCCUGCAGUGCUUGAACACUACUCUACCAGAGACUCUGUUUGUCAGUAGUUUGGACUAUUGUUUACUGUCUGUAAGCUGUUUGAUUAAUGCAGGAUAUAGUGUUAACUUCACACGGGAUGGUUGUCUGAUAAAGAAUGGAACUCAGGUAUGUGGCCAUACAAAGUUGGAAAAUGGGUUAUAUGUAAUGCAGGACAAGCCUGUUAAAGCAGCCCAGGUGGUUCAGGAUAAUUUGCCAGUUCAUAAGGGGUGUGUACAUGAACUGCACAGAAAACUGGGUCACGCCAAUUUCCGUUUGCUUUCAGAAAUGCAAAAGGUGUGCAAGAACCUAAAAGUAAAUAGCUGUAACUGUUUCCUAGAUUGCAAUGUAUGUAAAAUGGCCAAAUCUAAGAGGAAGCCUGUGGCUUCUAAAAGUGACAGAGUAUCUAGAAGUUUUAGAACUUGUCCAUUGUGAUGUGAUAGGCACUUUUCCACAGAAGACUGAAGGGGUCGCCAGAUAUGCUUUUCUGGCAAUAGAUGAUAAAUCACGUUUUAGUUGGUUGUUUUUGUUAAAGCAGAAAUCUGAGUGUUUCCCCACAUUCAGAGAAUGGGUUGCCCAAGCUGAAAAGCUCUUUGCUCGCCCUGUUGUGCAGUUGCAAACAGAUAGGGGUGGAGAAUUUCUGAACAAACAAUUUGGGGCAUGGUUGCGGCGUAAGGGGAUCACUCAUCGUUUGACUAACCCUUAUAGCCCUGCUGAAAAUGGUCUGUGUGAAAGACGUGGGGCUGUAAUACAGUCAGUAAAGGACUGCCUGCUAGUGGAUGCAGGACUGGGCCACAACCAUAGGCUGUGGGGCGAGGCUCUCCUUACAGCGAACUUUUUGAUUAAUAGAACCUGGUCUAGCUCUAUAAAAUAUAUUCCUUAUCGUCUGUUGUUUGGGAAAGAACCAGAGUGGACAAUGCUCCAUAACUGGGGUUCUUGGGCACAUGUAAAUAUUCCCAAAGCUCAGCACCAGAAAGGGGGGCGCUAGAGCACAGAAACUGCGGUUUGUGGGAUAUCAGUCCUAUGGCAAAGGGUGGUGCUUCAAUUUAUGCCCAGGACGCGUGGUUCUGUCACGAAGUGCAGACUUUGCUGACCAGGACAGAUGGACUGCGAUCCAUGCCAACCCAGAUUGCCUACUGCCCCUGCAAGUAAGAGAAGAGGCUUCUUCUCAGCCAUUGGAAACGCAGGAGCAGGAUGAGGAGGAGGAGGCACAGAUUUCCCCAAAGGAUGUGGCAAUAGAUAAUCUUCUCUAGAGGAAGAGGAAGAAGAGCCAGAGAUAAGGGGGGGGGGAGAAGUAGUUGUGCCUAGGCGCUCCCAGCGUUCAAACAAGGGUGUACCUUCUCAGCAUUUGACCCUAGGAGGAGUGAGAGUAUGCAAUGUGAGUUGUGUGGAACCACAAAGUUAUAAUGAAGUCUUAGACUUACCCCCUGAAGAACGUGCUUUGUGGGAACAAGCUAUGAAAGAAGAAAUGGACUCUUAAACGUAACAAAGUGUUUGAGGUCAUAAUGCCGCCUCCAAGUGGCAGAGUGGUGUCAUGCAAGUGGGUUUACAAAAGGAAAACCCUUGCAUCUGGGGAACCACGUUUUCGAGCCAGAUUAGUAGCCAGAGGGUUCACUCAGAUAAAAGUGGAGAGUUAUGAUGAAGUGUUUUCUCCCACUGCAAAGAGUGAAACUUUUCAUUUAAUGCUCUCUAUUGCUGCUGUAAGACAACUAGCAGUGCACCAUUUUGAUGUUGAUGCUGCAUAUCUGCAUGCAAAUUUAGACCAUGAAGUGUUAAUGAGACAACCCCCUGGUUUUGAAGAGGAGAAUGGUGCAGUCUGGCGUUUGAGAAAGGCUGUUUAUGGUCUCAAACAAAAUGGAAGGUGUUGGAACCAGUGUUUAAAUGAAGCCCUUGUAAAACUUGGUUUUAAAAGGAAUGUGGCUGAUCCAUGCCUGUACACCAAGGGGACAGGCAACAAAUAUCUAAUGCUCUUAGUCUUUGUUGAUGAUUUGCUUGUAGCAGGGAGUUCCACAGAUGAGAUCCAGAAGCUCACAAGUCAACUGGAAAAGAGGUUUAAGCUUAAAGCCUUGGGGCCUGUAAGCAAUUACUUGGAAGUAGAAGUAAGGCAGGAAGCUGAUGGAAGCUUUCUAUUAACCCAGAAAGAGAAAAUUCUUCAUUUGAUAGAGCAGUUUGGCAUGGAAAACUGCAAGCCAGUUCAGACUCCCAUGACACCAGAUUUCCCAAAGACAGUGUGUGAUGAUGAAUUUGAUCAGCUUGAGUUGUAUCACUCAAAAAUAGGAUCACUGUUGUAUUUAAGCCAGUGGUCAAGGUCAGACAUUGCAUGUGCUACAAAUGUUCUGAGCCAACGUGUAUCUAAACCCAGUACUGCCGAUUGGUGUGCUUUGAAAAGGCUUAUCAGAUACCUAAAGGGGACAUUAAAUGUAUGUUUAAAGAUAUCUAGUACACAAGAUGAAAAACUAGAAGUAUUUUUUGAUGUGAACUGGGGAAGCUGUGUAGCUACUAGAAAAUCUACAAGUGGAAUGGUUAUGAUGUUUGCCAAUUCCAUAAUUGAAUGGAGGUCAAAGAAACAAGGAUUUGUUGCAACCUCAUCCUGUGAGGCAGAAUAUGGGAGCCUGUCGCUAGCAUGCAAUGAAAUCAUAUGGUUUAUACAGAUACUAAAAGAUCUAGAUUGUAAAGUAGAUUUGCCUAUCCAAGAGUAUGAAGAUAGCCAAUCGUGCAUUGCAUUAGCGGGCUCGGAAAUAAUGAAAUCCGCAUCAAAACAUAUUGCUAUCCGUCAUGCGAAUGUGAGAGGUUGUGUACAGAAUGGGGUAAUCAAACUGGAGUAUUGUCAGUCACAAGAUAAUAUUGCUGAUUUGUUUACCAAGCCUUUGCCAGCAACAUGUCAUAAUGAAUUGAUGACAAAACUGGGUUUAUGUAUAUAGUGUAUGUAUGUAUUGUAUGUAUGUAUUGUUUCUGUUGGGGUUUUUCGCAUUUAAGAAACAGAAGGGGUGUCACGGCUAAAAUGGCCGCUGUUUCUUUAAUGCGAAUAAAGCUGGGUCAGCAUGACUCAGCGGCUUGCACCAAGUUGUAUAUAUAGAGUGAGAAAUGUUAGUUUGGUUGCUGGUGUUUGGGUUGGUUAAUGCUAGUGUGUAUAGUUGUUCGGUUGCUUUUGAACAAAGACUUUUAAGAAUAAAACUCUGCAAGGAUAUUCUCAUGGACUCUUUUGUGCCGACAAGGGUCCGAGGACCAGGCUGAAGAGACAAAGGGAGGUCAGAACCCUUACCUCCUUUUUUGCUUUUUACAAACACUGACAGUUGCUAUGCACCUCCUGGGGCCCAAUGGACUGUGGGGGUGAUUAAUAAAUAUCCAGAGGUCCAAAGGGCUAAAAUGUGCCCCAGAGGUGGAAUAAUAUUACACGGAGAAUGAAAAAUGUCAUUAGCAACUCUGAUUCUGAGAAAUGGAGGGCACGUUCGUGGAAGAACAACUCCCUUUCCUGUGAGGCAGGUCCUUAUUUAAAAAGGCAAUCCCACAACUGUAUUCUUAGAUGAAACUACUUUAUUAAUGAUGAUUUAGUAUUAUGGAAGGUUGAUGAUGCAUUCCUAUUAUUUGGCAUUGUUUCCCCUCAUUUGCUUAAAAUUUGGAACAUAAAGAAGACAGGGAGGAAUGUACAAUAGGUUGAAAUAAGAGAAGGUGCUAAUUGCAUUUGAUGUGUGUUACAGUCUUUGUUCUCUUCCUUGAAAUACUAACAGGGGUUUUCCUCUCCUCUCAUUUCCAAGCAGGUUAUGGAGAAGACAGUGUGUCAUCUGUAAUUUCAUUUGGAAAUACGAAGAGACCAUUUAAAUGUGGUGAAUGUGGAAUGUGCUUCAGUCCAUGUGUACAGUUAAUAAACUCACAUCAAUAAACUCACAGAGUGGGGAAACCGUUUAAAGGUAUGGAGUGUGGAAAGAGCUUCAGACAAACUUCAUCUCUUACUUUACAUCGUCUAACUCACAUGAGUGAGAAACCCUACAAAUGUAUGCAGUGUGGAUGGAGAUGCAGUAUGAGUAGACAACUUACUGUACAUCAAAGGAUUCACGCAACAGAAAAACCAUUUAAAUGUAUAGAGUGUGGAAAGAGCUUCUGUCAUAGCAUAACGCUAAGCAACCAUCAACGGACUCACACAGGGGAGAAACCAUUUAAAUGUGUAGAGUGUGGAAAGAGCUUCUGUCAUAGCAUAAUGCUAAGCAAGCAUCUACGGACUCACACAGGGGAGAAACCAUUUAAAUGUAUGGACUGCGGAAAGAGCUUCACACAUAAUAGAAACCUAAAUAGCCAUCUACGGACUCACACAGGGGAGAAACCAUUUAAAUGUAUGGAAUGUGGAAAGAGCUUUCGUUCAGGUGGUCAUCUGAAUUUACAUCAUCAAACUCACACAGGGGAGAAACCAUUUAAAUGUAUGGACUGCGGAAAGAGCUUCACACGUAAUGGAACCCUUAGAAAACAUCUACAGAUUCACACAGGGGAGAAACCAUUUAAAUGUAUGGAGUGUGGAAAAAGCUUCCGUAAGAGUUUAUCACUUAAUAGACAUCAUCAAACUCACAUGGGUGAAAAACGCUACAAUUGUAUGCAGUGUGGAAAGAGCUUCACACAUAAUGGUAACCUUAGCAACCAUCAACGGACCCACACAGGGGAGAAACCAUUUAAAUGUAUGGACUGCGGAAAGAGCUUCACACAUAAUGGAAUCCUUAGCAACCAUCAGCGGACCCACACAGGGGAGAAACCAUUUAAAUGUAUGGACUGCGGAAAGAGCUUCAGACAUAUUGGAAACCUUAGAAAUCAUUUACGGACUCACGCUGGGGAUAAACCAUUUAAAUGUAUGGACUGCGGAAAGAGCUUCACACAUAAUGGAAACUUUAGACAACAUCUACAGGCUCAUACAGGGGAGAAACCAUUUAAAUGUAUCGAAUGUGGAAAGAGCUUCACACAUAAUGGAAACCUUACCCUGCAUCUACAGGCUCAUACAAAGAAGAAACCAUUUAAAUGUAUUGAAUGUGGAAAGAGCUUCACAAAUAAUGGAAACCUUAGACAACAUCUACAGGCUCAUACAAAGAAGAAACCAUUUCAAUGUAUGGACUGCGGAAAGAGCUUCACACAUAAUGGAAGCCUUAGACAACAUCUACAGACUCACACAGGGAAGAAACCAUAUGAAUGUAUGGAAUGUGGAAAGAGCUUUCGUUCAAGUGAUCAUCUGACUUUACAUCAUAGAACUCACACAGGGGAGAAACCAUUUAAAUGUAUGGACUGCGGAAAGAGCUUCACACAUAAUGGAAACCUUAGAAAACAUCUACGGAGUCACACAGGGGAGAAACCAUUUAAAUGUAUGGAGUGUGGAAAAAGUUUCAGUCAGAGUUCAUCACUUAAUAGACAUCAUCAAACUCACACGGGUGAGAGACCUUGUAAAUGUUUGGAAUGUGGAAAAAGCUUUUGUUCAGGUUAUCGUCUGACUUUACAUCAUCGAACGCACACAGGGGAGAAACCAUUUAAAUGUAUGGAGUGUGGAAAGAGCUUCAGUCAGAGUCAAACUCUAAGAGUACAUCUACAGACUUGCACGGGAGAAAAAUCAUUUAAAUGUAUGGAGUGUGGAAGGAGCUUCUGUCACAGCGGAAUGCUAAGAAAACAUCAAAGGACUCACACAGGGGAGAAACCUUAUACAGCAAAUGUAUGAAGUGUGGAAAGAGCUUCAGUCUAAAGGAAACUAAGAGUACAUUAACAGACUCACAGGUGAGAAACCAUUUAAAUGUAUGGAGAGUGGAAAGAACUUCAGUCAGAGUGGACACCUUACAAAACAUCAAUGGACUCACAAAGGAAGAAACAUUUAAAUUCCAGGAGUGCAGAAACUGCUUCUGUUUAAUGGAGUACUUACAAAAUGUUUACGGACUUAUAUGGAAGGAACCAUUUAGAUGUAUGGAGUGUAGAAAGAUUUAUCCUCAACAAGAGGAGGAGGAGGAGGAGUUUGGAUUUGAUAUCCCGCUUUAUCACUACCCUAAGGAGUCUCAAAGCGGCUAACAUUCUCCUUUCCCUUCCUCCCCCACAACAAACACUGUGUGAGGUGAGUGAGGCUGAGAGACUUCAGAGAAGCAUGACUGGCCCAAGGUCACCCAGCAGCUGCGUGUGGAGGAGCGGAGACGCGAACCCGGUUCACCAGAUUACGAACCACCGCUCUUAACCACUACACCACACUGGCUCUCUCAAGGGUUCAUUUCUUCCUUCUAAUGAACAGGCUCCUAUAGGUGGAAAUCAAAUUUAAAUGCAUCCCAUGUAUGUGAUGAUCUGGUGUUUUAAUGUAAAGUUGUACUUUCAUGUAGUAAAGUAAUCAAGGUAGCGUAUCACAAUAGUUAGUAAUGUAUAAAUGGCUUUGUACAGUGUACCUCAGGUUACGAACAGCCUGGUUGAUGAACAUUUUGGAUUAUGACCAUUUCAAACCCGGAAAUGAGUUGGUUAAACUAGUAUUAUAGGAAUGGCAGCAUGACAUGCAUUGUUUUAAUUGCGGCCCAGGACCCACGUACCUACAGGACCGCCUCUCCUGGUAUGCCCCGUGGAGGACCUUAAGGUCCACAAAUAACAACAUUUUGGAGGUCCCAAGUCGCAAGAUGGUUAGAUUGGUCUCAAGUAGGGCCAGGGCCUUUUCAGUACUGGCCCCGACGUGGUGCAACACUCUGUCACAAGAGACUAGGGCCCUGCGGGAUUUGACAUCUUUCCGCAGGGCCUGCAAGACAGAGCUGUUCCACCUGGCCUUUGGUUUGGACUCAGUCUGACCAUUGUGUUUGCCUCCUCUUAUGGUUUUGAUCUGUGGGCUACUUUAAAAAUGAGGCUGUAUUUUAAAUUGCAUUUUAACCUGUAUUUUAAAUUGGUAUGGUUUUUUCCCCUAUUAUGUUUUUACUGCAAUUUUACUGGUGUUAGCCGCUCUGAACCUGGCUCUGCCCGGGGAGGGCGGGGUAUAAAUAAAACCUAUUACCGUAUUUUUCACUCUAUAGGACGCAUUUUUCUCCCUCCAAAAAUGAAGGGGAAAUGUGUGUGCGUCCUAUGGAGCGAAUGCAGGCUUCAGGCAGCUAUACGCAAGCCUUCUGAGCGCUCCGAAGGCUUGCGGAUAGCUGCCUGUUCUGGGGGCUGGGGUCGGGGGAAGCUCGGGCUUUCCCCGUCCCAGCCCCGCGGCUAAAAACAAAGCCGUGCGCAGCUUCUCCCGGCUGGACAGUUGCACAUGGCUAAAGAGGAAGCCAAGACAGCUGUCUUGGCUUCUUUGCUUUUGGGGGCUGUCGGGGGGGAAAUAAUUUUUUUUCUUUAUUCCCACCCCCCCCCUAAAAACUAGGCGCGCCGUAUGGUCCGGUGCGCCCUAUGGGGCGAAAAAUACAGUAGUAAUAAUAAUAAUAAAGCAACAAAUAGUUUAUACAUUAAUUGUGCUGCAAUGACUCAUGAUUCUUUGAAGGGCAAAUUGUUCAGGUAAAACAUACCUGGUGGCAGCAGGAAUAAAGGGGAUGUUUAGAUCAGAAGGUUGGCGGUUCCAGUCCCCCCGAUAGGGUGAGUUCCCGUUGCUCGGUCCCAGCUCCAGCCAACCUAGCAUUUCGAAAGAACGAAUUGUAAGUAGAUAAAUAGGUACCACUCCGGCGGGAAGGUAAACGGCGUUUCUGUGCGCUGCUGUGGUUUGCCAGAAGCGGCUUAGCCAUGCUGGCCACGACCCGGAAGCUGUACGCCGGCUCCCUCGGCCAAUAAAGCGAGAUGAACGUCACAACCCCAGAGUCGUCCGCGACUGGACCUAAUGUUCAGGGGUCCCUUUACCUUUACUUUUUAGUGGAAUAAGGAAGAAAGUCUCAGCUCUUAGGUGUGCAUCUUGCAUGAGGUGGGACGGUUGGAACAGGGCAGUGUGGGCAAGUGGCAGGUGACACGAGAGGGUGUAAAAUACAUCAGUGGAAGCUCAUGCCUAAUUCUCCCCAACUUAGCACCCAGAGGGGAGAAACCAUAGGAGAACUUCCUACAAAUCCAUGAACCAAGACAUACCUACUAUUACAGGAAACAAGAAACUUCCUUCCAACCAAUAGGGCACAGAGAGGGGUCGAAGUGUGAAGGGAAAGUUAACCCUUACCUCUCCAUCUGUGGCCCAAACACAACUCCACUGGAAGAAUGGUACACAUUUGGAAAGAAAAGAUGCUGCAGGUACCAGUGAAUCCCCUGGUUGGUCCAUUUUCACUUAUAAGCAUCAUGUGGCUACCCCAGGGCUACUGCUUUUAUGACAAGCAAUCAUCAUCAUCAUCAUCAUCAUUGAUUGGCUUGCCCCAGACACUCUGGAGUCUUCUAAAAGUUAUGUACUGUGGUUCUUUAUCUGCAUGGCAUCUCAAUACAUCUCAUGGAGAGCAUUUCACAGGGCGGGCGCCACCACCAAGAAGGCCCUCUGCCUGCUUCCCUGUAACUUUCUUCUUGGAGUGAGAGAACCAGCAGAAGACCCUCGGAGCUGGAUCUCAGUGUCUGGGCUGAACAAUGGGGGUGGAUUUGCUCCAUCCGGUAUACAGGGCCAAGGCCAAUUAGGGUAUGCACCAACACUCUGAAUUGCGCUCAGAAACGUACUGGGAGCCAAUGCAGGUCUUUCAGGACCAGUGUUAUAUGGUCCUGGCGGCCGCUCCCAGUUACCAGUCCAGCUGCCACAUUCUGAAUUAGUUGUAGUUUCCAAGCCACCUUCUAAGGCCGCCCCACAUAGAGCGCAUUGCAGUUAUCCAAGCGGGAGAUAAACGGAGUAUGCAGCACUCUGGCAAGACACUCUGUGGGCGGGCAGGGUCUCAGCCUGCGUACCAAAUUGAGCUGGUAAACAGCUGCCCUGGACACAGAAUUGACCUGCGCCUCCAUGGACACCUGCGAGUCCAAAAUGGCUCCCAGGCUGCGCACCUGGUCCUUCAGGGGUACAAUUACCCCAUUCAGGACCAGUGAGCCCUCCACACCCGCCUGCCCCCUGUCCCUCAAAAACAGUACUUCCUUCUUGUCAGGAUUCAACCUCCAUCCAUUAGCUGCCAUCCAUCCUCCAACCUCCUCCAGACACUCACACAGGACCCUCACUGCUUCUGAUUUGAAAGAGAGGUAGAGCUGGGUAUCCUCCACAUACUGCUGAACACCCAGCCCAAACCCCUGAUGGUCUCUCUCAGCAGUUUUAUAUGCAUGUUAAAAAGCAUGGGGGAGAGGACAGAGCCCUGAGGCACCCCACAAGUGAGAGCCCAGGGGUCUGAACACACAUCCGCCAGAAACCACAGGAGAUCUUGGACCAGCUAGAGCAAGGCAGUUUCAGUCUCAGGAUGGGGCCUGAAACUCGACUGGAAGGGGUCCAAAUGAUGUGCUUCCUCCUAUCCAACUUGGUUGCUUUUGCAUGUACGGUGCAUCCGUAGGCAUUUUUUUAAAAAAGUAGCACAGGCUAGAGUUUCAUUUUCCUUUAUUUUUUUUAGAGGUAGAAGCAUUGCCAACAUGCAACCCUUGCAAAAAGAGAGGUCUGUUUCCUUCUGGCUGGGUGGGGGGCGCGAUCUUGUUAUACGUCUUGUUCCCUUCAGGAUUAAAGCCAGUUAAUGCAAUUUCCCAGAGGGAAAGAGAGAAAGGGAGGCUGGGUGCUCGCCCUCCCGAUCGCCCAGCACCUUCCCCUAGAAAGGGGUGUGGCUUAACAAGACAGACUGCCCCUCCCCCUUGACCUCCUGCCGCCCUUGACCUCCCAGGAAUCGGGCUGAGUGCAAAGCGCCUUGAGGCACAGCAAACUUUUGUUUUUGGUGGGGGGGGUACAACGUCGGUGGCGAAGGGAUGCGGGUGGCGCUGUGGGUUAAACCACAGAGCCUAGGACUUGCCGAUCAGAAGGUCGGCAGUUCGAAUCCCCUUGACGGGGGGGGGGGGUGAGCUCCAGUUGCUCGGUCCCUGCUCCUGCCAACCUAGCAGUUCGAAAGCACGUCAAAGUGCAAGUAGAUAAAUAGGUACCGCUCCGGCGGGAAGGUAAGCGGCGUUUCCGUGCGCUGCUCCGGUUCACCUGAAGCGGCUUAGUCAUGCUGGCCACAUGACCCGGAAGCUGUACGCCGGCUCCCUCGGCCAGUAAAGCGAGAUGAGCACCGCAACCCCAGAGUCGGCAACGACUGGACCUAAUGGUCAGGAGUCCCUUUACCUUUACAAUGUCGGUAGGAUGUGGGGGCGGAGCAAGAGAGAGCAGACAGGGAAAAUGCUGGACAGGUGAGGAAAGAAGAGAUUUUCUCCCCCCCCCCCCCCAAGGGACGUGGGUGCACACCUGGUUCAUCUUCGUUGCAGAGAAGAGCCAGUGAAUCUCCCUGAAGGUGCAUACACACAAACACACGCACACGUGUGAACGCGCACACACAGAACAUAAGAAGGCCCUAUAGUUGGAGCAGACCAAGGGUCCCAUCUCGCCCCGAAUCCUGCUCUCCCGGAGUCCCAGUGGGAAACCAGAUGCCCGUUUUGGGAAUCCUGCAAGGAGAAUUUCAGCCCAAGAGCAUCUCUCCCUCCCUGCUCGGUGGUCCAGGCAGCAGCUGGAAAAUGCUGUCUGCAGAGUUUGGAGUCUGUUUGGGUUUCUCUCAGGGACCAAAGGGUCUUGAUCCGGCCGUGCUCCUCCUCCUCCUCCUCCAGAACCCCCUCCCCCGUCAAUGGGGUGGGCGUGGAGUUGGGCAACUUCGCAAGGGAGCCCAAAGGGGAGGAAGCCGAAGGCAGCGCCGUCACGUCCGGCUCCCAUGCGAAAAGAGGAAGGGACUUCUCCCAGGAAGGGGUCUCUCUGUGGGUCGGAAGUUAGCAAGAAGUGGGGGCAGAAGGAGCCCCUGGAGAAGCGAGAGGUUUCAGAAAGGUAAAGAGGGGCGCCAGUCGACCACGGACCCCCCCUUCUCCGCUUUAUAUUGCAAGAAAGGAAAUCGGAAUAGCUACGAAGGGAGGCGGAUGGUCAGAGGAGAAAGAGGUAAAGAUGCCGGUGGAGGGAAGGGGGGGGAGGAAAGGAUAGAGAGACCCUUUCUUGCUCCCCCAAAAGCUCCUGCCUUGGGACGAGGGCGGGGAGGGGCGAUGGGGUCGGAGAGAAAGGGGCACAGAGCCCCCCCCCUUAAUCUCUUGUCCUGGGACCCAUAUGGAGAGGCUCGGAUCCAUGCAAUGCAGCUGCAAAGCGUGGAGCCCCCAUCUGCAGUGUUUCCCUUGCGCCGUCUCCUUUGAAGCCCCCCCCACCAGACACGUUUUCCCACCAAGGGGGUGCCCCCAAAAGCCCCCACCCCCAAGCAGGGCGAGCCGUGCCAAGGAGGGCCAGAGGGUGUAGGGGGGACUCUGGCGAAGAGGGGGGGAGCAGAGGAUGUUGGGGGGCUGAGGGUUGAAUGGAAGCGUCCCUGGGGGUGAGACACCAUGUUGAUAAAUGGCAGGGGGGUGGAGAAAGAAAGAGGCAUGGGGCCUUUUUCUGGGGUGCCUCCACCUGGGGUGCUGGCAGGGGGAUUUCUGCAGGGGCUGCCUUGGCUUCUCCAGUGACCUAGAGAAGGAUUCCUGCAAGCUGAACCCCCUCCCCCCCCCCCAUUUUGUCCCAGGGAAGCUGCUGCAUCGGAUGCUGGGAGCUCCAGGCCCCUUGAUCUGCAUUCUUCCAAGCCGGUCCACUGGGAGAGGAGAGGAGAGGGGCAGUUGAAGCCCGUGUCAGGAUAAAAAGGUGGGGUAUAGAUAAAUAGAAGAAUAGCAAUCAUUCUAAAAUUGCUUUAGGAGGCUUCUAGUCAAAGCAAUUGGAGCCUCGUGUGAAGCCCCUGAAUGAGACCAGCCUGAGAAGAAAGUGUCCGACAAGGACCUGGGAGGCAGGGGGUUAAAUUCCCCUGGGGGAUCUUGCCUCUUGGCCUCACCUGCCUCCUUGGAGGAAAAGGGGGGAUUGAUAAAUGACUAGUGAAACAAAAGACGACAGAGCAGAGACAGACAAAUGCAUCAGGAAGAUGUUCCAGAUCAUAGAGGAAGGAGAAAGCAAAAUGCAGAUAAUUAGUAUUUUCAGAGAAACCUCAGAAGAGAAGGUUUUUUGGGGCUCAGUGUGACUUGGGAGUUCAAGGUGGGCGUGGAUACCAAGGGGUCUUUAGACGAUUUUUCAGGGAUUAUGAUUGACAUCUGUACUCCAGCAACCAUAUGAAUCCAAGGUUCCCACAGUAAAAGAAGGUCUGGAUGAUGUCCCCAAAGGUGCCUGGCUUAUAUUCCAGAAGAUGGCCUGGGGGUGUUCCAGAAGGGAGUGUCUCUCAGGUUCUGAGUCGGAAAGGGAGCCAGGUACAAUGACCCCGAUUUGAAGGCUGGCUUCUUCUUUAUACUCACCUUUUUAAUCUCUUUCCGUGGAAACAUCCGUGCUUCCACCUCCUCUCUCUUUCCUUUCUUCCCCACAAUCAGGCCUCUGGACCUUUAAUAUCCACCUUUUCCCGUGUUGCAGAUCUUCCCUGUUGGAGCACAGGUGGGGCUCUCCCUUGGGGUGGGGGGCGAAGAGUCCAUGGCCCCCCACCCCAAAGGAGGACAGUGAGAGAGGCUUGGGCAGAGAAUUCCUACAAGGAUAGUGCUGUGUCCUGACUAUGGGAUGAGGAGGCACAUUCCCUACCCAUUAUUGCCCAGGGGACUGAUGGGGAAUUAUACGCCAUUAUAAUUGCUUCGUGGUCUUUAGAUGAAGUGUGAUUAAUAAAUUUAAUAAGUAAUAAUUGCUCUGGUAACCUCAAGAUUAGAUUGCUGCAAUGUGUUAUAUGUAGGGCUGCCUCUGAAGAGGGUUCAGUAACUUCAGCUGGUGCAGAAUUCAGAGGCCCCUACCUUAAAAUAACUACGCAAAAUCUACAGAGACUCCCAGGUUUGUGUUGUCUUUGCUUCUUCACAAGAUGAACUUUUUUGAAGGUUUUUACAGUCACGUAUAGCAUCAAUAACACUUAUGCUUUACUUAUUUGACAAACGAGAGACUCUGGUACGAUGAGUUUGAGCUCAUCUCCUUGCCUGAAACCAAAAAAAUAAAAAUAGAAAAACACUGAGCAGGAGAAAUUGAGGAGUAUGUCUUUUCAGUAUGCAAUGAGACCCUACAGUAUGUGUAGCUCAUUUAAACAAAAUCACUGAUCCAAUGAGCAGCAGCAGUGAACAAUGUGAUAGUGAAUUGUCGUCGCUUGUCUCCACUGCCCUCUCACACUUGUUGUGAAGAAUCAUCUUUCAUUAUGAAUGGUCUGUGUCACCAUUAAGAAAAAGAAGUCAGAAUAGGCCAAUAUCUAUGUGUACUGUCCCUGGAUCAAAGGACAUUUCUUCUUUAAGUUCUCAGAAGUUCUUAAACCUAGCACAAGGUUGUCCUUUGAACUAGCCAGAUGUUUAACUGAGAAUCAAUCACAAUCUGUCCAUCAUUUGAAAAAUAAGACUUUAGAGACAUCCUACCCCAAAUGGCAACUGUUGUUGUUUAGUCGUUUAGCUGUGUCUGCCUCUUCGUGACCCCCUGGACCAGAGCACGCCAGGCACUCCUGUCUUCCACUGCCUCCUGCAGUUUGGUCAAAUUCAUGCUGGUAGCUUCGAGAACACUGUCCAACCAUCUCGUCCUCUGUUGUCCCCUUCUCCUUGUGCCCUCCAUCUUUCCCAACAUCAGGGUCUUUUCCAGGGAGUCUUCUCUUCUCAUGACUCCUAGACAUUCAAUUUUGGGCGGCUGUAACCUUGAUUUAACAAGACAUUUGGCACCUAGAUUAUAUAUAUGAGUUUCUAACACUGAUCCUGUUACCUCCACACACUGCUGCCUCUGUCCCCCUUAGUAGGAAGUCACGUACCACCAUCACAUCCCUCUUCCUCCUCUGGGGAGUGGUAGGAAUUGCUCCAUACCCUGCCCCUUCCACAGCCACCUUGGCGUGUUCUGAGGUCUGCAUCUUGCUCCUCUGUCCCAGAAUUGAUUUUGCAGCUCGAGUGACACAUCAGGGUUCCUAACAGCCCCGUUUCUCUGUACUGCAUUCCUCCAGGUUUUCGUUUCCUGCAACCAGUGAUCUUCCUCCUGGCUGUGGCCAACCCCACCUGUGUUGCUGUCCCAGGACCAUCCACUCUGCUCUCUUUCAAGAAAUCCCUCAUCUUGCUCAGGAGCUCGUAGGGCAGAUAGGCGGACCUCAGCUUGCUGGUUCCUUCUCUUCCUGCAUCUGCUGCAGAUGUAAUUCUGCGCAUUCUCAGGCAGGAGGACAAACAUGGCACAGGUGUGGCAGGUCACUGCAGCAGCUCCCUCGCCAUCCAUGUCUCUUGCUCCUACACACAGCAUGAGACAGGACUCCUGGCCUCCCCCUCACACUCAGACUUAGAAGGGUGGUUUCUAAAUCUAAUAAAUAAAAAUUGGGGUGAGUGUUUCAAUCUGGGAUUCCAGCAGCCAGGCUCCAACAGCCUUUUCCUGCAUCUCCAGCUCUCCCUCUGCACUGCAAGGCUGACAGAUGGAGGUCCAGCUCCAAGGACAUUAGCCUACCUGAGCACACCUUCAGUUUCUUCCAAGCGCCAAGCCUUCUCACUAGUUCCAGGCUACAGUCCCUAGAAAAACCUGAACCCUGGGUCUCCCAAUAUGGCUGCUAUGCACCUCCUGGGGCCCAAGGGACUGUGUGGGUGAUUAAUAAAUAUCCAGAGGUCCAAAGGGCUGAAAUGUGCCCCAGAGGUGGAAUAAUAUUAGACAGAGAAUGAAAAAUGGCGUUAGCAACUCUGAUUCUGAGAAAUGGAGCGCACGUUUGUGUUGGCUAUUUGCAGUAUGGUAGCGCUGCAGAGAGCUUGCUGGGGAGACCAUGCAUUAAAAAGGACUCAAAAAUAACUUAAACAAGGUUUUAAUAACAAAAACAAAAACUCCAUUUACACUAAAGACAACAACAAACAACCAUGACCCAACCACCAACCCAUCCCCCAGGGUAAUGGGAGAGCUAGGUGCUGCUCCUUAUAUACUACACCCAAAUGCUGGCACAGCUUAAUCAAUACAACUCAGCAGCACCUGCCAUGUUUCACAGCUGUAAACCUGGGUCUCGUUAUUUUGCUCUGGCCCCUUAAAGACAUACACAACUGGUGGAACAACGAUGAACCUUUACAUUUAAAGGAACCAUUCAACAUUUCCCCUGCGGUUCAUCAUUGUGGAACAAAAACAUAAAGCAUAUUUUGUACAUGUCUUUCAUGUGUAACCUUUGGAAGUGCUUUUGUAAAAAUGUCCAUAAUUUGAUUGUCACCUGGAACAUAUUGAAAUACAACUAUUUCGUCAGCAAUUAGUUUCUUUACAAACUGUAAACGUAAUCUUAAGACUCUAGUGCGCUGCGUAUUGGUCUCUGAACACAGGAUAGCGAGUCCGCUCUGGGAAUCAAGGUAAACUUUUACUGGUAGUGUUACUUGCAUCUGUAGGUCUGCAAAUACUUGCAGAUACCAUUCUACAUCACAAGUAGCCUGAACGCAUGCACAUAAUUCACUCUCUGCUGUGGAGAGACAAAUAAUGGUUUGUGUUUGGGACUUCCAUUCAAAUGGACAACCGUUAUAACAAAACACCAUACCAGACACACCCCUGCAACUAUUUUGUUCCACUGCAUGAGAUGCAUCGCAGAAAAUUUCAAAACCUUUGUCAAUACUGGAUGUAAACUGCAACCUAUAAUGUUUGGUAUGUUUAAGGUACAUUACCACUCUCUUAAGAGCAGAGAAACAUUGCAUAGUGGGCUUUUCCACAAAUUUUGCCAGAAAGUGAAAAGCAUAAGUUAUAUCUGGUCUUGAGAUUCUUUGAAUGAAAUUUAGCUUGCCUAUAGCAGAACGAUACAAAGUUUUGUUAGGAAAUGGCUUAUCUUCACCAGUAAAGGUGAAACCACACACCAUGGGUGUUUCCUUCCCAUUUGCAUUUUCUAAACGUAGCAUUUCAACAAGAUCAUCAAUUUUUGCAGUUUGAUGAACCAAAAAAGAUCCAUUUUUACCUUUCUCAAUUUGCAUGGAUAAGUAAUUUUUAGCUAUGCCUAAUUCCACCACAUCAAAUUUAUUCUGUAACUGUGAUACUACCUGUUCAUAUUCCUGUUUAGUUUUUGUAGAAAUUAACACGUCAUCUACAUACACACAUAUUUUUGUUACAGAGUUUGCCCUUUCCUUUAUAAACACACAAUUGUCUGCCUUUCCUUGUGAAAAACCAAUAUCCAGCAAUUCUUUUGCUAAAGUUUGGUGCCAAUUCCUUCCACUUUGGUGCAGACCAUAAAGGGAUUUAUUUAAUUUGCGUAUCAAACCUUCAGCGGCAUCUAUGCCUUCAGGAACACACAUAGAAAUUUGUUCUUUUAAAUCUGCAAACAAAUAUGCAGCUUUUAUAUCUAAAUGAUAAACAGAAUGUCCACGUUGUGAUGCAUCUUUUAACAAAAGCUGAACUGUCUCAUAUUUUACACUUGGUGAAUAACACAAAUCAUAAUCUUCACCUGGAAUUUGUUGAAAACCCCUAGCAACUAAUCUAGUCUUGUACCUUACAACUUCAUUUUUGUCAUUCAUUUUAACUCUAUAAACCCAUUUUGAAUCAAUAAGUCUCAUAUCUGGGGUUUGUGGUACAAGAGACCAAGUGUUAUGCUCUUUUAAAGAAGCUAUCUCAGAGUUCAUAGCUUUAUACCAAUUUACAGCUUGGUGUUUAGGUAAAUUAUGAACAUCAUUGUAGCUUUUUGGCUCAAAAACUGCCUUAUUGGCAUACACAGUAUUAAAAUGUUCAUCUGCAAAACGUUGUGGCUUCUGCCUCUUUCUAUCUGAACGUCUCAGUCCAGAAGGAGAGUCAGACUCCUCAGACUUAACGGGACUAAGUGAACUACUAGUUUCAGGUUGUAAACCACCAUUGUCAGACUGAAGAGAUGCCUGUAGGCUAAGCUCACAGUCAGAAAACUCAAAAGAAUCUAACCUCCCCUUGGGUGCCUGUGACUUUAAAUCAUCAAGCAAAUUAUCAGAUUCAACAGGCUUUUCAUCUUCUCCCAUUAAUUCAGAAUCAUUAUUAUUCCCUGCUGCUGCUACUGCUUCUUCCUCUUCUUCCUCAGUAUUAUCUAUGCCAUCAGUAUCUUGGAAAACAGCAACUCCAUUCCAAUUUACAGUUUGUAUCAUGCUUCUGGUAACAUGAAAUUUGCCAGUUGCUGGGACGUAAAUUCUGUACGCCCCCUGCUGGUAGCCCAUUAAUUUUCCCUGGACACUACGUUCACCCAAUUUCUGCUUAGCGGGAUAAUGCAUAAUUACAUCUGAACCCCAAAUGCGUAGGUAUUUCAGAUUAGGGCGUUUUUUAAACAGCUUCUCAUAGGGGGUGACAUCUAAACCAGAAUGAUAACUGCGAUUUCUCACAUAACAAAAGGCAUGGAGCGCUUCAGCCCAAAAAUCUUUGGGCAGAUUAGCAUCGUGCAGAUAAGUUUUAAUCCCUGCCUGCAGGUCAUGUUGCACAACUUCAACAAGCCCAUUUUGCCAGGGACUUCAGGGGCAAGAUAACUCAUGUGCAGUCCCCUGCGCUUCCAGGAACUUCUCAAAAACCUCAGAAACAAAUUCUCCACCCCGGUCAGAAAACAGGUUCUUAAUAGGUUUGUUAAAAUGCGUUUUUACCCAACUGCAAAAAACUUUGUACUUCUCAAAUGCUUGGGACUUCUCAGCUAUUGCAUAAGUCUAACAAUAUCUACUACACUGGUCUAUGAGAGUAAGCCAGUACUUAGAACCUCCUAAUGAUGGUGGAAGUGGCCCAACUAAAUCACAAUGUACACGCUCAAAUGGCUCAGGUACUUUCCUAUCUGAGCACCUACCCUUGCGUGCAACCUUAAUCUUAUUUUUGCAAUAGGAUAGACAUUGCAUAAAGAAUUUACAUGGUUUUAAGUUGAGGCCAUUAACAAUAUUCUUUGUCUUAAUUACAUCAGCAAAAUUCAGAUGUCCUAGAACUCUGUGCGCCUCGUGGACACACCCAGAAUGUGGCCUUACAUUCCUCAACCCCUGGCUUGACUGUGCUGUUCUACAAUUUAUAGGCGAUUGGGAGUAGGUGCGAAAUUACAGUCUAUAUAAACCAUCAGCGUCCCGGGCAUACAAUAGACGUCUGUUCCCAUCGAAAAACUCACACAUUGACUUUGAGAAACGCACAGUUAUGCCUUGACGAGCAAAGCACCUUACUGACAAUAAAUUGUCCACUGACGGGCAGUAAAUGCAGUUCACUAUUGUAAUGUUUAAAGAGUCAAGUUUAACAGUACCCCUGCCAAGCGACUGCAAGACUUGUGAAUUGGCUAAAUGUACAUUACCAAUUUCCUCUUUGAAAGAAAUAAACAAGCUUCGAUCGUUGCAAAUGUGCUGGGAUGCUCCUGAGUCCACAAUAAAAGAUUUCCACUUGGCACCUUUAAUUCUUUUACGAUCUGUUGUCAGAGCAUGAAAAGCUCGCGGCUCGUUUCUGUCUUUACGAUACGAUGUCGGCUGCUGGGCUGACGACCGUGACUGACGAACAGAAACAGACUUUGGAGUGCUUUGCUUUCUUUUGGGUCUGCAGUCCUUUGCAAAAUGUCCCUGCUUAUUGCAGAACCAACAACGCUUGGCAGCUUUAAAUGCAGUUGUAUCACCACAGGUUUGCAUGUGGUGUUCCUCAUUCUUUCUGGAAAUAGGAGUGCUUAUGGCACAAGCCUCCCUUCUAUCCAACUCGCCCAAUAAUCUUGCCAUUACCCCUUCCACAGUUAAUUGUGCUGGUGGAACGGCAGAUAUCUGGCUAGCUAUACCAUCAAAGUCCUCAUUAAGGGAACAUAGAAUGAUAAAAACAUACUGAAUAUCAGGUAUCUCCAUGUUCCUUCGAAUUAAUUCGCAGCGUAUUGCCUCCAGACGUCUCAAGUGUGCUGCCAAAUCACCACCAGGCUGCAACUUCAUCUGGUACAACUGCUUGAAAAACGUCAAUGCAGACGCUGACUCUUUUCUAAUAUGCACUGCUGCAAGACUGUCCCACAUUUCUUUGGCAGUUUUCUUAUUCCUUAUAUAGAUAACUUGCUGGUCGCUGACUGCCAAAUUAAUUAUCGCCCUGGCUUUUGCAUCUCCUUUUGACCAAGCAUUAGUUACAGGGUCAGGAGGGUCAUCAGUUAUAUAGGUCCAUAUUUCUCUAGAGGUCAAAAGCGCCUCCACCUGAAAAGACCAUAAACUAUAGUUCUCAUCUGUCAGCUGUGGGAAGACCAGAGCCUCCUCAGCUUCUGGAACCCGGUCAACCAUUCUGGAACUCUUCCAGACCCACAGAACUACGCUAACAGGAGAAGGAGUUUUCAAACCUUUCUCAGAGUCCAAAAAUAUGCAGUCAUCCACUCAGCAGCUGGGCCCAUAACCAAAGAUGGUGGCUAUUUGCAGUAUGGUAGCGCUGCAGAGAGUUUGCUGGGAAGACCAUGCAUUAAAAAGGACUCAAAAAUAACUUAAACAAGGUUUUAGUAACAAAAACAAAAACUCCAUUUACACUAAAGACAACAACAAACAACCAUGACCCAACCACCAACCCAUCCCCCAGGGUAAUGGGAGAGCUAGGUGCUGCUCCUUAUAUACUACACCCAAAUACUGACACAGCUGAAUCAAUACAACUCAGCAGCACCUGCUAUGUUUCACAGCUGUAAACCUGGGUCUCGUUAUUUUGCUCUGGCCCUUGCUCUGGCCCCUUAAAGACAUACACAACUGGUGGAACAAUGAUGAACCUUUACAUUUAAAAAAACCAUUCAACAGUUUGUGGAAGGAAAACAGCUCCCUUUCCUGUCAGGCAGGUCCUUAUUUAAAAAGGCAAUCCCACAACUGUAUUCUUAGAUCAAACUACUUUAUUAAUGAUAAUUUAGUAUUAUGGAAGGUUGAUGAUGCAUUCCUAUUAUUUGGCAUUGUUUCACCUCAUUUGUUUAAAAUUUGGGACAUAAAGAAGACAGGGAGGAAUGUACAAUAGGUUGAAAUAAGAGAAGGUGCUAAUUGCAUUUGAUGUGUGUUACAGUCUUUGUUCUCUUCCUUGAAAUACUAACAGGGGUUUUCCUCUCCUCUCAUUUCCAAGCAGGUUAUGGAGAAUACAGUGUGUCAUCUGUAAUUUCAUUUGGAAAUACGAAGAGACCAUUUAAAUGUGGUGAAUGUGGAAUGUGCUUCAGUCCAUGUGCACAGUUAAUAAACUCACAUCAAUAAACUCACAGAGUGGGGAAACCGUUUAAAGGUAUGGAGUGUGGAAAGAGCGUCAGACAAACUUCAUCUCUUACUUUACAUCAUCUAACUCACAUGAGUGAAAAACCCUACAAAUGUAUGCAGUGUGGAUGGAGAUUCAGUAUGAGUAGACAACUUAUUGUACAUCAAAGGAUUCACGAAACAGAAAAACCAUUUAAAUGUAUACUGUGUGGGAAGAGCUUCUAUCAUAGCAUAACGCUAAGCAAGCAUUUACGGACUCACACAGAGAAGAAACCAUUUAAAUGUAUGGACUGUGGAAAGAGCUUCACACAUAAUAGAAACCUAAGCAACCAUCAACGGACUCACACAGGGAGAAACCAUUUAAAUGUAUAGAGUGUGGAAAGAGCUUCUGUCAUAGCAUAACGCUAAGCAAGCAUUUACGGACUCACACAGAGGAGAAACCAUUUAAAUGUAUGGACUGUGGAAAGAGCUUCACACAUAAUAGAAACCUAAGCAACCAUCAACGGACUCACACAGGGAGAAACCAUAUAAAUGUAUGGAAUGUGGAAAGAGCUUUCGUUCAUGUGAUCAUCUGACUUUACAUCAUCGAACUCACACAGGGGAGAAACCAUUUAAAUGUAUGGACUGUGGAAAGAGCUUCACACAUAAUGGAAACUUCAGAAAACAUCUACGUACUCACACAGGGGAGAAACCAUUUCAAUGUAUGGAGUGUGGAAAAAGCUUCACUCAGAGUUCAUCACUUAAUAGACAUCAUCAAACUCACACGGGUGAGAGACCUUGUAAAUGUUUGGAAUGUGGAAAAAGCUUUCGUUCAGGUGAACAUCUUACUUUACAUCAUCGAACGCACACAGGGGAGAAACCAUUUAAAUGUAUGGAGUGUGGAAAGAGCUUCAGUCAAAAGGGAACUCUAAGACUACAUCAACAGACACACAGGAGAAAAAUGAUCUAAAUGUAUGGAGUGUGGAAAUAGCUUCAGUCAGAGUCAAACUCUAAGAGUACAUCAACAGACUCGCACGGGAGAAAAACCAUUUAAAUGUAUGCAGUGUGGAAAGAGCUUCUGUCAUAGCGGAAUACUAAGAAACCAUCAAAGGACUCACACAGGGGAGAAACCUUAUACAACAAAUGUAUGAAGUGUGGAAAGAGGUAUGGAGUGUAGAAAGAUUUUUCCUCAACAAGAAGAGGAGGAGGAGGAGUUUGGAUUUGAUAUCCCGCUUUAUCACUACCCUAAGGAGUCUCAAAGCGGCUAACAUUCUCCCUUCCCUUCCUCCCCCACAACAAACACUGUGUGAGGUGAGUGAGGCUGAGAGACUUCAGAGAAGCGUGACUAGCCCAUAGUCACCCAGCAGCUGCAUGUGGAGGAGCGGAGACGCGAACCCGGUUCACCAGAUUACGAAACACCGCUCUUAACCACUACACCACACUGGCUCUCUCAAGGGUUCAUUUCUUCCUUCAAAUGAACAGGCUCCUAUAGGU